UUCGGGCGGAUAUCAAAUUAGAACUGCGCGUCUAAAGGCCUAAAAAUUGAAAUCAAAACAAACUUGCGAGUUCAACUGAAACGCCAAGAAAGGAAACAGCUUCACAGACAGACCAGGCCGCUGGGAGCAGGGAGUCAAGCCGCGACCGGCCCCCCGCACCCACACGCAAGAUGGCUUCGGCCUGAGAGUCACCUAUGCGGCCGCUCUAUCUCGGUUUCGGGUUCGUUCACCUCAGUGGUGGCGUCUGAGGGCUGGAGGCUGGCGUUCUGUCCGGUUUCCGGACCCAUCUCUAUGGUGUCGGAGGGAGCAUACCCCCCGAAGAUUGUGGGUGUAGUAGCUACAGCCUCACAGGGUAGGCGAGGGUGGUUGGUGUCAACAGGGGGCGAAGAGGGGACCGGAGCCAAGACCCUCGGCCGCCUCCCCGCCGCCCUCCCGCAGCUCUGCUUGCUUGGCUUUGUGGAGGAGCUGCAGCACCACCUCACUGCAUAAGGGAUGGGAUCAGAGAGCAGUGCUCUGAAGAGCUAUGCGCUGAAGGAGCCACCUUUCACCUUACCCUCUGGGCUUGCCGUUUACCCCGCUGUUCUGCAAGAUGGCAGAUGUGCUUCCGUCUUCGUGUAUAAGAGGGAAAACGAAGACAAAGUUAACAAAGCUGCCAAGCAUUUGAAGACACUUCGUCACCCUUGCUUGCUAAGAUUUUUAUCUUGCACUGUGGAGGCAGCUGGGAUUCAUCUAGUCACUGAGCGAGUGCAGCCUCUGGAAGUGGCUUUAGAAACGCUGUCUUCCGCAGAGGUCUGUGCCGGGAUCUACGACAUACUGCUGGCUCUCAUCUUCCUUCAUGACCGAGGACACCUAACACACAACAAUGUCUGCUUAUCAUCUGUGUUUGUGAGUGAAGAUGGGCACUGGAAGCUCGGAGGAAUGGAAACCGUCUGUAAAGUUCCUCAGGCCACGCCCGAGUUUCUGAGGAGUAUUCAGUCAGUCAGAGACCCAGCAUCUAUCCCUCCUGAAGAGAUGUCUCCAGAAUUCACAGCCCUGCCUGAAUCACACGGACAUGCCCGGGACGCCUUUGCGUUUGGGACAUUGGUGGAAAGUUUGCUCACAAUCUUAAGUGAACAGGUUUCAGCGGAUGUUCUCUCCAGCUUUCAACAGACCUUGCACUCAACCUUGCUGAAUCCCAUUCCAAAAUGUCGGCCAGCGCUCUGCACCUUACUGUCCCAUGACUUCUUCAGGAAUGAUUUUCUAGAAGUUGUGAAUUUCUUGAAAAGUUUAACAUUGAAGAGUGAAGAGGAAAAAACUGAAUUUUUCAAAUUCCUGCUGGACAGAGUCAGCUGCUUGUCAGAGGAGUUAAUAGCCUCACGGUUGGUGCCUCUUCUGCUUAAUCAGUUGGUGUUUGCAGAGCCGGUAGCGGUUAAGAGUUUUCUUCCUCAUCUGCUUGGCCCCAAAAAAGACAGCGCGCGGGGAGACAGCCCUUGCCUGCUGUCGCCGGCCCUGUUCCAGUCGCGGGUGAUCCCUGUGCUGCUGCAGCUGUUUGAGGUGCACGAGGAGCACGUGCGGCUGGUGCUGCUGUCUCACCUGGAGGCCUAUGUGGAGCACUUCACUCAGGAGCAGCUGAAGAAAAUCAUCUUGCCGCAGGUGUUACUGGGCUUACGUGAUACCAGCGAUUCCAUUGUGGCAAUUACUCUUCACAGCCUAGCAGUGCUGGUGUCUUUGCUUGGACCAGAGGUGGUUGUGGGAGGAGAAAGAACCAAGAUCUUCAAACGCACUGCCCCAAGUUUUACGAAAACGGUCGACCUUUCCCCAGAAGAUUUUCCCCCACAUGUCGUCUGUAGCCAGCAGACUCAGAUGGCGCCAGUCGUGGAGAAGCCCUCCUCUGGCACAUUCCCUAAAUGUUUCUUUUCUGGCAGCAUGCCCGUCAGCAAGAAGCACAUACAGCAAGAUUGCUACAAUACUCUUUUACAGACAGGUGAUCAAUUUCCUCAGCCUAUUAAAUUUCCCAUGAAUGGACUCUCAGAUGUGAAAAAUACCUUGGGAGAUAGUGAGAACUUCCCACCAAGUUCUAAAAAGUCUGAGGAGUGGCCUGACUGGAGUGAGCCUGAGGAGCCUGAAAACAAAGCUGUCAGCAUCCAGAUUUGUCCCACAGAAGCCUACGAUGCCUCCACAUCCCCACUCACUAACGUGAACGCGGAGGAGGUGGUGUGGGAUGACUUUGAAUCCAGCAGCUUAGAUACUGAAAUAAGUGCAAGAGGUGGAGUCUCAGCUGUCAGCCGGGGUACCUCAGGGGAACAGGAGGCUAUUUCUACUUUGGUUUCACUCACUGAAGAGUCCAAGCCUUUGAAAUUGAGUCUACCCCAAAAGACCAAUCUUGCACAAAGUGGGGAUGACCCAGACCAAACCAAGCCACCAAAAGUGUCAUCCCAAGAAAGGCGCCUUAAGGAUCCAUCAGAACUUGGUUUAGGAGAGGAGUUUACCAUUCAAGUAAAAAAGAAGCCAGUACAAGAUCCAGAGUUGGACUGGUUUGCUGAUAUGAUUCCAGAAAUUAAGCCUUCAGCUGCUAUUCUUAUUUUGCCUGAACUGAGGACAGAAAUGAUGGUUUCUGACAAGGAUGACGUCUCACCAGUGAUGCAGUUUUCCUCAAAAUUUGCUGCAGCAGAGAUGACUGAGGGAGAGUCUGAAGGCUGGGGAGACGAAGGGGAGCUGAACUGGGAAGAUAAUAACUGGUGACAACGGGUAUAACUUUAGGGAAAAGGAUUUCUUUAAAAAAAAAAAAAAAUCAAACUAAUACCUCAAAGUGGGCUCUGCAGACAAGAAAACCCAGAAGCAUCUGUUUUUCCCAUCUGUGCCAACUGAAGCUCGAGCCCCUGAGUGCUGGCUGGUGCCCCGGCAGCGAAGAGCCCCAGCGCUGGUUUUGCGGAGGAGGAGCUCGUGUGCGUCUGACAGGCCAGUUUCCGUGAAGAGCAAGUAGCUAUGGAAAGGUUGAAUUUACUGCUUUUUUCCAGGACAAUUCCAGAAGAAAAUAAAUACAAAAAUUCAAGC